AAAAAAUGUUCACAAUUUCAGAUAGGCUCACGAGUUUAAAAAGUAUUCAUGAUUUUCAAAAAUUGUUCACAAUUUCAAGAAAAUGAGAGUGAUAGUGUAUCUCGUUGAUGCAGCAAAACGUGGUCAUGACCAUUGAAAAUUAUGAGUUUUUUCUCCCAUUGCAACACACGGACCAUUUUGCUAGUAAUAUAUAAUUUGUACCACCCUAAAAAUACAAUAUAAAUUUUAUGUUUGCAUACAUAUUAUUAAUUUAAUGUUUCAUACUCUCUCCGUAAAGAAAUAUAAGAGCGUUUAGGUCCCUGUUUACAGAAGGAGUACAUCACUAUCUCAUUGAAAUACACUACAAUCAUUACAAGAUGAUAUGCCGGUUCAGUCUCUUCGACGUGUGUACGUUGAUAGGGUGAGUGUAUGCACAUAUGUAUGAGUGCUUGCGUAUGUACUGUGUUAAAAAAAGCCAGCGCGGAGGUCUUGACUAGAUGCGACGCAAAUCGCAGCCUGGUGGACGACUCUUUUUUAGAGACGCAGCCUGGUGGGGACUAGUUAAAUCAAGUGGAUCGAUCAAAAGCAUCUUUCGGUCGAUCUUAUCACACGAAGACGGGCGUGUACAUCAAUCCGGAUGUCCUUGUUUCCAUACCGGUAUUGACCGAUUGGACGAAGUCGCGUAAACUCGCGUGGAAAGUUCAUCCCCAUCGCCGUCUCCCCGCCCGUACUAUAAUGCCUAAUGCCUUUGCAGAAAUGUAAGCGUCUCGAUUCUCAAACUGUUCAUUUGGAGGUCUCCCUCCCUCCCGGCCAUAAUAAUAUUUGGGAUGUAUAUAUAUACUGCUUCCAUGGUUGCGCUCCCUUUUUUCUGCUGACGAGACCGAGGAGAGAGGAGGGAUACCAACGGAAAGCACGGCAGACAGGAGAGGAGAGGGAGGAGCAGACAGGCAUGGAGGGAGGAGGGAGCAGCUGGACGAGCAUGGAGGGGUAUCUGAACGAGUACUUCCACAUCCCGGCCAAGAACCCGCCGAGCGACGCCCGCCUCCGGUGGCGCCGCGCCGUGGGGCUCGUCGUCCGCAACCGCCGCCGCCGCUUCCGCGAGUUCUCCGCCCUCGGCGCCAUCGACGACGCCCAGCGCCGCAGGAUCCUGGGAAAAGUCCAGGUUGUGAUUAAUGUGCACAGGGCAGCAUUGCAAUUUAUCAAUGGCGUAAAACAAUACCACUUAACACAUGAGCUCAUUGAGGAAGGAUUUUCUAUCAGCCCGGAUGAACUGGCAGAAAUUACUGGCAUGCGCGAAGAUUCGACAAUCUUGAAGCUGCAUGGUGGAACCAGCGGAAUAUCUAGGAAAAUCAAAGCCUCUCUGCAAGAUGGUAUCAAUGAAACUGAAAUAACAACCAGACAGAAACUGUAUGGUACUAACAAGCACGCCGAGAAGCCCGCUAGAAGCUUCUGGAUGUUUGUGUGGGAUGCACUACAUGACCUGACUCUGAAUAUUCUCAUAGUGUGUGCUCUGGUUUCUCUGGUGGUGGGCCUAGCCACCGAGGGGUGGCCGAAGGGUAUAUAUGAUGGUCUUGGCAUAAUGCUCAGCAUUUUGUUGGUGGUACUAGUUACUGCCUCCAGUGAUUACAAGCAGUCAAGGAAGUUUAUGGAGCUGGACCAUGAGAAGCAGAAGAUAUAUGUUCUUGUUACUAGAGAUAAGAAAACCAAGAAGGUUUUGAUCCAUGACUUGGUCGUCGGCGACAUCUUGCAUCUUUCGAUAGGUGAUGUGGUUCCUGCAGAUGGCUUGUUCAUAUCUGGCUACUGCCUACUGGUAGAUGAAUCUAGCUUGUCAGGUGAGAGUGAGCCAAUUCAAGUUUCUGAAGAAAAGCCUUUUCUCCAUGGUGGGAGUAAGGUGGUUGAUGGGACGGCUAAGAUGCUUGUCACUGCCGUCGGUUCACGUACCGAGUGGGGGAAAAUCAUGGGCACUCUUAGUGACAGUGGAGUGGAUGAAACUCCUUUGCAAGUUAAGCUGAAUGGCGUGGCUACGAUCAUUGGGCAGAUUGGACUUGUGUUUGCAAUUCUCACAUUUGUGGUACUACUAGGAAGGUUCUUGGUUAACAAGGGAAUGGCUGUUGGUUUGAUGAAUUGGUCGGCAAACGACGCAUUGACAAUAGUCAACUACUUCGCUAUUGCCGUGACCAUCAUUGUGGUCGCAGUCCCUGAAGGUCUACCGUUGGCCGUGACCCUUAGUCUUGCAUUUGCCAUGAAGAAGUUGAUGAAUGACAAAGCACUAGUCAGGCAUCUCGCGGCAUGUGAAACCAUGGGUUCAGUCAGUUGCAUUUGCACCGACAAGACAGGAACUUUGACAACCAACCACAUGAUCGUCGAUAAGGUUUGGAUCAGUGAUGUAUCCAAGUCGGUCAAUGGCGAUGCUAAAAUCAGUGAGCUAAAAUCUGUAAUUUCAGAAAGAGCUAUGGCAAUACUUGUACAAGGCAUAUUUGUGAACACCGGAUCCGAGGUGGUGAAGGGAGAUGAUGGCAAAAGGACCAUCUUGGGCACACCAACUGAAGCAGCAUUGUUGGAGUUCGGCUUGACCGUAGAAAGAGAUCGAUAUACUGAAUACAAUAAGAUUCAAAGAGUAAGAGUAGAGCCUUUCAAUUCAGUCAAGAAAAAGAUGUCAGUGAUAAUACAGUUACCAAACGGAGGCUUCCGAUCCUUCUGUAAAGGUGCACCAGAAAUUAUUCUAGAACACUGCAAUGACAUGCUGAACGGUGAAGGGGACAUAGUACCAUUGUCAGAUAUGCAGAAGCAAAACGUCCUAAACAUAAUCAAUUCAUUUGCUUCUGAGGCGUUGAGAACACUUUGCAUUGCAUUUCAGGACCUUGAUGAGUUUUCUGACGAGCAAACUAUACCAGAAAAUGGUUACACGCUAAUAGCGCUUUUCGGUAUCAAGGACCCGGUUCGUCCGGGUGUCAGGGAUGCAGUAAUGACCUGCAUGGCUGCUGGUAUUACGGUAAGGAUGGUUACCGGAGACAACAUCAACACUGCAAAAGCCAUUGCCAAGGAAUGUGGAAUAUUAACCGAGGACGGGAUAGCGAUAGAAGGACACGAGCUUCAUGAUAAGAGCUCAGAUGAACUGAGGGAGCUCCUGCCUAAAAUUCAGGUGAUGGCCCGUUCGUUGCCUAUGGACAAGUUCAAAUUGGUAACAAGCCUGAAAAGCAUGUAUCAAGAGGUAGUCGCAGUUACUGGUGAUGGAACCAAUGAUGCCCCGGCAUUGUGCGAGUCAGAUAUUGGACUGGCAAUGGGUAUUGCUGGCACUGAGGUCGCAAAAGAGAAUGCUGAUGUUAUAAUAAUGGAUGACAAUUUCAAAACUAUCGUAAAUGUUGCUAGAUGGGGGCGUGCGGUUUACUUGAACAUUCAAAAGUUUGUGCAGUUCCAGCUUACAGUUAAUAUAGUGGCUCUGAUAGUGAAUUUUGUCUCGGCGUGUGUCAUAGGAACUGCACCGCUUACUGCCGUCCAGUUGCUAUGGGUUAACAUGAUCAUGGAUACAUUAGGAGCCUUGGCCUUAGCAACAGAACCGCCAAAUGAAGAGAUGAUGAAACGGUCUCCUGUAAGGCGCGGAGAUAGUUUUAUCACUAAGGUUAUGUGGAGAAAUAUUCUUGGCCAGGCUUUGUACCAGCUCCUUGUAUUGGGCACCCUCAUGAUAGUUGGAAAGAGACUCCUUAAUAUUGAAGGUCCAACUGCUGAUAAAACGAUCAACACUCUCAUAUUCAACUCUUUCGUCUUUUGCCAGGUUUUCAACGAAAUAAACAGCAGGGAAAUGGACAAGAUCAACGUCUUCCGAGGGAUAUUCAGAAAUUGGAUCUUUGUCGGCAUAUUGACAGCUACAGUAAUAUUCCAAGUGAUCAUAGUGGAACUUCUUGGAACUUUUGCAAACACCGUGCCAUUGAGUUUGGAACUAUGGCUGCUCAGCAUCGUUCUUGGCUCGGUUAGUAUGAUCGUCUCCGUGAUCCUCAAGUGCAUUCCAGUUGAAUCUGGGAAGAGAUUUGCCAAGCCGCACGGGUAUGAGCUGAUCCCUGAAGGCCCGGAAGCUCUCUAGUUUCAAGACGGUGCGCAAAUUCAGCCAUUUCGACCGUCUCAACCCUGUCAACCAGUGAUCAGGAUCUCUUGUCUGGGUUGCUUUGUCAGUUUAGUUAUGACGAAGGAAAAAUGACCAGAUAAGUUUAGAAUUUGGAAGUUGGAAACAGGGAAACAUGGAGCAUUAGAUCAGUUCAAGUAUAUAAUGGGUGAGGGUGUACAUUAUGGUUUCAGUACAUAGCUUCAAUUGGACUUGUCACGGUUUCUGCUUUUGCAGAGUGUGGAUUGGAAUUUGGAAGUACAUACGUAACAGUUUUGUUCAGGAUGGCUAUAUUAGGUGAAGAACUCCUUGUAGAAAUACCGGCAUCUAUUGUGAUGUGCGGCCGGUGCUAUGCAUCUUCCAUUCAUGUGUAGAUUGUAGUAAGUUGUAACUAUUCAUGUUUGGAGAUAAAUCUGAAUAAGAGGGUUUGCGCCUGUUUCCAACAAUUUUCUCUGCCUGGUUGAUCCAGUGAUAUCCUUUUAAUAGUUCUUUUUUCUGACAGAUAUAUGUAUGCAUAAUGUGUUAUCUGUGAAAGGUUUAAAGAUGACUAAAGGUCAUGUGUAGAAA